CGCUCUUUACCGUGAGGUGUCAUUCUUGAACACGCAGUCAGGUGUCGCGGGUCUUUUGCGUUACCGGCGACGUCCGUGAGUUUCCCUACGUUCACGUACGUUGCGUUGUUUUUUCCUUUCCGUUUUUAUAACCCGGGUAGCUGGAUGAAAUGUUUUGAGAGAAAGCUGACGUCGUGUAGGCGUGGUAUGUGCCAGCGUGCCGGGUGUGCACUGAAACCCUAAGCGGAACCGUGAAACCAGUUAGGCUACCACGUUUUAGAUGUAAUUUAGCUUACAUCUUACAGACCGUAAUCUUUCGCCGCCAGUUAGAAAGAGUCAUAGUACGCGAUUUGAUAGGGCUGGUUUGCAACUCGCCUGCAUAACGGAAAAAGAACGCCCAACUGCACAGCAUCUCAUAUCGAGGUGAGGUGUGCGCGCUCUCUCCGAACGACGCCAAAGCAUUGCUGCGGUAGUGGAUGUAAAACUAGCAACCAGCAACGUUUAACCUCUGUCGGGGAACCAGAUAGACAAGUCCAUCCCUCCCUUGAUGAUUGACACCAUUUAAGACGGGCCGGAUCCUCUGUCGGUGAUGUAGAUGAGGAUGAUGACGGAAAAGAAGGAAGUCUGUGUGGGGAGGAAGAGCAGCACUUGACUCUCCUCUCUUCCACUUCCUCAUUCACUUUGAGCCAAACCCUUUGAUUGGGUGGCCCUGGUAUGAUGUCAUCAACCACACCCACCUCAGCCCCACCUCCCAAGAAGACACGCGGGAAAGACAGGACUGAUGUCAUGGGCGACUCGGUGCCAACAGCCAAUGAGGACCUCCGGAGCAAGCUGAUGGACAUUCAGAUAGAACUGCAGCAGGAGAAGAGCAAGGUCUCUAAGCUGAGGGAGCGUCUGCAGGAGCAAAGGCUGGCCAGGGAACUGGAGCAGCACAAACACACGGUGCUCCUCACCGACCUCCGCGCCAAGCUGCACGAGGAGAAGCUCCGCGAGCUGGCCUCCGCCCGUGAGGCGUUGGCACGGCAACACGAACUGGAGCUGGCACGGACCAUUAAGAUCCGUGACGGGGAGGUGCAGCGGCUGCAGGGCCUGGUGAACGCCCUGAGGGACGGGGCGGCUGACAAGCUGAAGAGUGCCCUGCUAGGGGAGGCUCGGGAGGAGGCCAGGAGGGCCUUCGAUGGGGAGCGACUCAAACUGCAGCAGGAGAUCCUGAAGCAGGAGACUGCGCGGAAGCAGGUUGAGGAAGCCCUGGCCAAUGCGCUGCAGGCAGACAAGGCCAAAGCGGCCGAUCUCCGAACGGCUUACCAACAGCACCAGGAUGAGGUCAACCGCAUCAAAAGGGACUGCGAGAGAGACAUCCGCCGUGUGAUGGAUGAGUUGAAGGCAAAGGACCGGGUGGUGUCGGCGCUGGAACGGGAGCUGGGGGUGCAGGCUGGUUACGCCCAGAAGCUCCAGCUGCAGAAGGAGGCUCUGGAUGAGCAGCUGGGUCAGGUCAGGGAGGCGGAGAGGCACCAUGGCAGUCCAAAGAGAGAGGUGGUGCCUGUGUUUGGAGACACACAAGACUACCUCAACAACCAGGAGGUGGAAGAUCUUCGGGAUGCCAGGAGGUUUCAGCUGAAGAUAGCUGAGCUCCACUCAGUCAUCAGAAAGCUGGAGGACAGGAAUGCACUGCUGGCAGAUGAGAGAAAUGAACUUUUGAAGCGGGUACGUGAGGCAGAGAGUCAGAUGAAACCCCUGUUAGAUAAGUAUAAGAGGAUGUCUAAGAAGAAUGAUGACCUUCUGCAAACUCUGCAGCGCAUGGAGGAGAAACUGAAGAACCUCAGCAGAGAGAACGCUGAGAUGAAGGAGAAGGUGAGCUCCCGUUCCCAGCAGCAGCCGCAGCAGCUGAGGAGGCCCACCUCCCUCACAGACCUAAGCCACGCUCACGAGGAGCAGGAAGUGGAGUUCCUCAAGCUGCAGGUUGCCGAGCAACGAGGUGUCAUCGACGAGCUCACGCAGGAACGUGACAAACUGAUGAUCUGCAAAAAGAACAGAAGAAAAAACUUCAAGCUCCCACCUAAAAGGCAUGUUGUGGAGACAUAUUUUGGAUUUGACGAGGAGUCCGUGGACUCUGAGACGUCGUCUCUGACCUCGUACAACACCGACCUUACAGACCGCACCCCUGCCACGCCCGAGGAAGAUCUGGAGGAUGGUGUGUCCCGUGAAGAGGCUGAACUGAGGUUCAGACAGCUGACCAGAGAGUACCAGGCUCUCCAGCGGGCCUACGCCCUUUUACAGGAACAGACUGGGGGGUCCCAUGAUGCCGAGAGAGAGGCCAAGAACCGUGAGCAGCUGCAGGCGGAUCUGAUUGGCUACCAGGCUAAGAUUGCCGACCUGGAGAAGGCUUUGGCAGAGAAGGGGCAGGACUCUAAGUGGGUGGAGGAGAAGCAGUACCUCAUUAGGACCAAUCAGGAACUCCACGAGAAGAUGUGUGUGUUGCAGCAGGCCGAGUCAAAACUUAAGGCGGAGGUGCAAGAUGCGAGGGAUCAGAAUGAGCUUCUGGAGUUCAGAGUGCUGGAGCUGGAAGAGAGGGAACGCAGGUCACCCGCCAUGGGCUUUCACAUGACUUCCUUCCCAGAAAACACCACAAGUGCUCUGCAGAUAUACUGCCACCAGGAGGGGAUCAAGGACGUGGUUAUUCCAGACCUGAUGAAGAAGUUGGAUAUCCUGGGAGAUAAUGGGAACUUGCGUAACGAGGAGCAGGUUGUUGUCAUCCAGGCGGGCACGGUUCUGUCAAUGUGUGAGAAGUGGCUGAAGCAGAUCGACAGCACAGAGGCAGCCCUGACCCAGAAGAUGAUUGAUCUGGAAAGUGAGAAGGACCUGUUCAGUAAGCAGAAGGGUUUCCUGGAGGAGGAGCUGGACUACAGGAAGCAGGCCCUGGAUCAGGCCUACAUGAGGAUCGCCGAGCUGGAGGCUACGCUGUAUAGCGCCCUGCAGCAGGAGCCGGGAGGGCGCGCGCUGGAUGAGUCCCUGUCGGACAGGCAGAGGGAGGAGCUGGGGCUCGCUGUGGACAAACUGCGGAGGCAGAUACUGAGGCAGAGCCGCCAGUAUGACAGUCAGGUCUUACAGGAGCGCAUGGAGCUCCUGCAGCAGGCCCAGCAGAGAAUACGACAGUUGGAAGACAUGAUUGAGAUGCAAAAGAGACAAGUCAAGGAAAUAGAAGAAAAGCUUUUAUCCUUUGGCCUUAAUGACACCGACAUUGACCGGCAUCAGGUGCUAAGGCGCUCAGGUGGAGUGAGGAAUAUACACACAACAUAUUUAUUUUGUAUGCAUUUCUACAUGGUUCACAAACCUUAUGGCCUUUUUGAUAAACAUGCACUUUUUUCGAAGACCCUACCCCGGAAUGCAAAACAAAACUAUGACUUUGAAAAGUGAACAAAUAUCUGAAGAUGACUGGUGAAGAGGUAUAUCAUUGUUUUUUUUGUAUAGAAAGGAUGUCUCCCCUGUCAUUUAUGGAAGUGAAAGAUUUUUUUACAAAGUCUGAUGUGAGUUCUGAAAAGCAUGAACAAUAUAACUGGAUAACUUAAGCUACUAGAUGAAUAAAGAAACUGGGAGAGAUGGAAAGAUGGAGACAGUGCCUGAAAUGAAUUUAGAGCCAGACAACAAAAAAGUGCAAUCAAAGAGGAGAGAGAAGUAGUAGAAGGAGAAGCAGGAGAAAGAUGGGGAGGAGUAAAGGUAGCAGGAGGACCUUUUAACACAGACCAACCCAGUCCUGUACAAAUGACCUUCCCAGAAAGCUCAGUGCAUUAAGGUCUCCAUGGAAACGGCAGUCACAGCCGCUUUCAAAGAGUAAGAAAGUGAAAGCUUUGGACUUUGGAGUCAUCUGUAAUCUAACAUCGGUCACCAGAGGACUGAGGAGACAGGGGGAGUCCGUUGAACACCACAAAGAAUCAUCU